AUGCUUUCCUCUUUCCCCCACUUAUCAGACUCCGAGUUCAACGGAGCAUGCCAGCAUCUCCUCGACAGAUUCCAUCUCCACAGCCAUCAACAAGAAACAUGGCUAUCAGUCGACCUCCUCCACCAGUCCGAGACGACAUAUCUCAGAAUCACCACAGCACUGCUCAGUCCACAAACCACCCACAUAGAAGCCAAUAACCUCACCUCACACGACGAACUAGAGGACGACGCUGAUGAAGAAACCCUCACACCCACUGCACCACCUGACCCAACCAUCCACAACUCCAUCAUCCUCUCACCCACGUACCGCGUCCCUGUUCUCUACAUCCAUAUUUCAGACUCGCAGCACCGCUACCCGCCCACAAUGAUUAAUCUCUACUCCUACAUCAUCCCUCCGCAAUUCAAGGUGCAGACUGAGCAUGUCGGUGUUAUGGGGGGCAUUACUGUUACGGAUCAUCCGGUCACGAACAGCCCGGUCUUCUUCAUCCACCCGUGUCGAACGGCGGAAGUCAUGCAGGCCAUUGUGGGGGAGAGGGAAGUGAGUGCUGGGGAGUACUUGAUGUUGUGGAUUGGAGCAUUGGGGAAGUGUGUUGGACUCAAUGUACCGUUGGCACUGAUGCGAGAGAAUGAAACCAAGUAA